GUUAUUGAUUUUACUGUUGUUGAUUUUGCCAGGUUUUGGCCAUGGCAAAUGCUCUACUACAAACACCACCUUCCAAAAAAACCAGCAAAUCCUUCUAAAUUUGCUUAUCAAAAAUGUCCCUCUUCAACAUGGAUUCUAUACCUCAAGUUAUGGGAAUAACUCAGAUAAAGUCUAUGGUGCCUCUCAAUGCAAAGCUAAUAUAUCUUCAAAUCAAUGUGCCAGCUGUUUAAGUUCAUCCUUGGGUUCCUAUAAUGGAUGUCCUGAAUUCCCGGAAGUAGAAUUUGUAUCCAGUUUCUGCACUACAAAGAUCAACAAUAUGAAUAUUAUUGGAGUAUGGACCAACUGCACAUCUGUUGAAUACCCAAAUCAAGCAUUGGACGAUCCAUUAGUAUUUUCGAAAGGGUUUUCGAUGAUGCAAGAUUUAGCAAGCACUGUUCCUUAUCAACCAUUAAUGUUCCAAGCAGCUGAAAUGGAUGUUGGGAUUUAUGGGAAGAGGUAUGGUUUGGCUCAGUGUGGACGAGAUUUGAGUACGUUAAAUUGUAAAAAUUGCUUGGAGGAUAGAUUAUUCCAAUAUAGAUCGUUUGUCGAGAAUAGAACUCAAUGGGAAAUUCUUGGGUAUAGUUGUAGCAUGUGGUAUUCUAACGUUUCAGACACUGAUAAGAAUCUAAAUGCGAGUGUGGUCGAGAUCACCCCUUCAGCUUUGCCUUCGCCUUCUGACAACCAAGUUCCACCUGGAAGUGUUACAUCAGAUAAAUAGCAUAUGAAUAUUUGGUUGAGGACCCUGGACGCAUGAGAUGGAGAACAUUGUGAUCUCUUGAUUUAUUUAAUGCUUUCUUAAGUAGAUUUCUAAAUUAGUGUUGUAACAAUUUGUACUUAUAUGGUUUGCUGUACUCCGGAGUUGAAAGAUGCCAUGGAGGAAUGUGGAUUGGAACCAACAUCUGGAUCAGUGCUUUAACAAAACUAUUAUUAGCAACUCAAGUUUUUCAUUUGUCAUGAAUGGUGCUCCAGCGAUCAUAUAUUUUAACCAAAAAUAUUUAAUGAGUUCAAAGUUGUAGUUUUAUUUGUAAGUUAUUUCUAAGGUUAUUUGUUGUGUUUUAACUUGUUGAGUUCCAACUUCAGUCUCUUAUUUUCUGUA